UAUCCAGCAGCAGCGAGAGGAGGAGUUGCAAACAGGGCAGUGCGGAUUUCAUUCCUGCCCAACAGAGAAACUCUAGAUUUGUUGUACUUCCUUAAGUGCAGGGACGGGAUUGUCACUGCUCUGUUUCCCUGGGGAACUCUCAUAUUCCGGUAACAUGGAUAUAUUAUUAACAAAUAAGCCUAUUUCUGUAUUUCAUACGUACAUCCUCCUGGUGUGAAACACGGACAGUCAUUCUUUACAUACAGAAGGAAAAUUCUAUAACUGGGAUCUGUCCCUGAAUAUUUUUUUUUUGCAAUAUUUCUAAACUAAGAUCAUUCUCAACCAUGCUUAAACAAAUAUUAGCCGAUAUGUACAUCGACCCAGAACUACUGGCAGAACUUAGCGAGGAACAGAAGCAAAUCCUGUUCUUUAAAAUGAGGCAGGAACAGAUUAGACGAUGGCAAGAGCAGGAGGCAAAACUCGAUCAAAAUGGAGAUUUAAAGAGGAAGUCUCAACCAAGAAAAGCCUUUAACAAAUCUGUACAUUGGAAGUUUGGAGCUGAUCAGGAAGUCUGGGUCUGGGUUAUGGGAGAACAUCCGUCUGAUAAAUCCUAUGAUGAAAUCUGUGAUGACAUUUUUGCAGAAAGGGCACGCAAAGAAGCAAAAAAAGAAGCAGAGGAGUUAAGGAAAAAGCAAGAAUCAGAAUUGUCCAAACUGUCUACCAUGACACUGCAACCUCAAAACACCACCACAGACAUACUAAAAAAAAGCACUGAAAACAAGAAAAUGGUCAAUGAAAAUGUAAGAAUAACCAAUCAACAAAUCAAUAAAGAUGAAAAACAGUCAAUCAAUGAGAAAUCAAGAACUGUUGAAGACAUACUUUCAGCUGCCACCAGCAAAAAUACACAUGGAGUAAAACAGAAAAAAGAAAAUAAUCUGAAAGUCCAAGAAAAAGAGAAUGACAGGCUUCAAGAGAGAACUCAAGAAAUAUAUAUGAACUGGAAAGAAGCACAAGAAGUAAAACACAAAUUAGAAAAAGAAGAUAAAGAAUGGCAGGAAUCAUUACGUAAGUCAAAGAUAGCAGACGAACGAAGAAGAUCAGUGGCUAAACAAGCACGGGAUGAUUAUAAGAGACUAUCAAUGCAGGGAAUUGAGCGAGGCAGAGUGGCUGACACAGCCAAGAACUUUGGAGCGGUAAAACGGCCACCUCUACCACCAAAGCCAAAACUAGUUACACCUGCAAAUAACAGUAAUAUAAACAGACUGGAAAGGCGACAGUGCAUUAGAAGGCUGAAUUCUGCCACCAACCGAGAAAAUAUCAUUAAAUGGUUUAAAGAAGAGCAGUUACCUGCAAAAGCAGGAUGGGAUAAGUCUGGGUCUUAUAUUGAGUCUUGGUUUCAUGGCAUCAUAUCUCGCCAAGAAUCAGAAGAACUUCUGAAAAGUCAUGGAAGCUUCCUUUUGCGUGUCAGUGAAAAGAUUCAAGGCUAUGUCCUUUCUUACUGUUCUGAAGAAGGAUGCGCACACUUUCUUAUAGAUGCUUCUGCUACUUCAUAUAGCUUUUUGGGAGUGGAUCAACUGCAGCACGCUACUUUGGCUGAUCUUGUUGAAUAUCACAAGACUGAGCCUAUUCCUUCAUUGGGAAGGGAGUUGCUACGCUAUCCAUGUGGCCAAAGAAAAGGAGUUUGUGAUUAUAGCGAUCUUCUGGAAUGAAACCACUGCCCACAUGUGCCUAAGAGGAGAAAACCACUUAGUUGAUGAUUGUGCCUUCGUGAACAACAAGUAUUAUAGCAGCAGGACUGCAUAGUUAUAGUAGAUUUCGUUUUCAAUUUCUGUAACUGAGCAAAUCUGGACCUAUAAUGGACUUCCUAAUGGAUGAAGGGACAUGGUAAAGAUAUAAAUUAUGUCACGAACAUUGUUGCAAUAAAAGACAGUUUAUCAGGUUCCACACUGCUAACAUACUCAUGAAUUAUAUUUGAAAUGUGUAUGGAGUAAUACCAAUGGCUAUUCAAAGUCUUUCAAAAACAUUUAGAUCAUUUUUGGAGCUUGUAGAUUGUACCAGCAGUGUGUUAUAAUUUUACCUAAGGCUUGUGGCCAGAAACUGACUUUUCUUAUUGCACAAAGCAGCAAAGAGCAACAGCAGCAAAGAGCAACAGUACAGUCAUAUAUAUAUAUAUAUAUAUAUAUAUAUAUAUA